AUGGCUGACCGAAAUAACUCUAUGAAGGAACAGUUGUCAGUGAAGGAUUUCUCGGACAAUGCAUCGGAAACACCGAAGCGUGCGUCUUGGGGGAGCCCAUUGGAAUUCAUUCUCGCGUGUCUGGGCUAUGCGGUGGGUCUGGGAAAUGUCUGGAGGUUCCCUUACUUAUGCUACAGGAAUGGUGGCGGUGCGUUCCUCAUACCAUUCUUCUUAAUGAUAGUUCUAAUCGGUCUACCGAUUUUCUACUUGGAACUGUAUGUAGGACAAUACACUGCUUUGGGUCCGUUAAAAGCCUUCCAUGCCAUCGGACCAUUCUUCACAGGAGUAGGGUACUGCACCCUUAUGGUGAUCAGCAUGAUAUCAGUAUAUUACAUGAUCAUAGUGGCGUGGACCUUGUACUACACGGCAGUCUCCAUCAUUGGAAAUUUGGAAUGGGGUACCUGCUAUAACUACUACAAUAAUGACUAUUGCUACAGUGGCGAAUAUGACGCAGGUUGUAGGGAGAACAACACAGGUCUCGCCACAGACUUAACAUAUUAUAUGAGAAAGUGUAUGAGCAUUGCUGACGUGUGUACUAUGACUGGUCUGCAGCCAUAUGAUGGAAAAUAUUGCUUCGACGGCGAAACAACAGUACCUUGGUAUAGUAACGCUACAAGGAUAUUGGCAUCAGAACAAUAUUAUAACGGGCGUGUUUUGGGCAGAGGCGAUUCUACAUGGACGAACUGGGGGACAAUACAAUGGCACCUAGUUGGCUGUCUGUUUGCAAGUUGGGUCGUUGCAUUCCUCUGUGUUAUUAAGGGUGUACAAUCAGCAGGAAAAGUUGUGUACUUCACAGCAUUGUUUCCCUACGUAAUGUUGACGGCACUUUUGAUCAGAGGUGUAACUUUGGAGGGUGCUGGUGAAGGAAUCAUGUUUUAUUUGACACCGAGAUGGGAACUCUUGCUUAGCGCCAAUGUUUGGGGCGACGCUGCGUCCCAGACGUUCUAUUCAUUUGGGGUGGCCUGUGGUUCCCUCGUGACUCUGGCUUCAUAUAACAACUUCACGAACAACUGUCACUUCGACGCCGUUUUUGUGUGCCUGGCGAACUUCCUCACUUCCAUAUACGCUGGUUUUGUCAUCUUUUCCGUUCUUGGCUUUCAAGCUAACAAGAUGGGCGUUAGUAUUGAUGUUGUAGCACAACAAGGCCCAGGCCUGGCAUUCGUCGUAUACCCAGAAGCAUUACUCCAGAUGCCAAUACCCCAGCUGUGGUGCAUCCUGUUCUUCUUCAUGCUCUUUAUCCUUGGUCUCGGCAGUCAAUUUGCUGGGAUAGAAGCAAUCAAUACAGCUAUUGUGGACCGCUGGCCAGUUUUGAGAAAAAGAUACUGGAUGGUAACAGCUUUUACAUGCUUCGUGUGUUUCCUCUUGGGUUUGCCGAUGUGUUUCAGCGGCGGUGUUUACUUGUUUACCCUGCUCGAUUGGAACACUGCCUCAUGGGCAAUCCUUCUUAUUGGUAUCGCUGAGGUGACUGCUGUUUCUUGGAGCUACGGAAUCAACAGAGCGAUGAAAGACCUAGAAUCUAUGGAUAUGAAGUUCAAUAUUGUUCUAAGGUACUUCUGGAAGACUGUGUGGCUGGUAGCUGUACCUGUUGUAAGCAUGGGAAUACUUGUAUUCGUUUUAGUAGAGUGGACACCACCAUCGUAUGGGGACAAAACCUUCCCUCUAUUCGCAGACAUCCUGGGCUGGUUGAUUGGUGCAUCCACAAUAAUUUUCUUUCCUAUUGGAGUUAUUUGGGCUCUAUAUAAAGGAUACCGAGGAAUGGAUCUCUUCACUCCAACACCUGAUUGGAAGCCAGCUGUCGCAGUAUCAGAGGCCGAAACCAACACUUACGACAACUUGGCUUACCAACUUUGA